ACUACUUCAUUUGAAAAGGAAACGUCCCGCACGGAAGAUAUCGUGGAAACGUUCAGUGAAAAUCCUCGAACGGUUUGCGAUUGAAUUCAGUGUCAAAGUUUCCUCUCCUUCAAGAAAGAAAAAAGUAAACGUAGUCUCGUGGUUCGGUUUUUACGGCCGUGCAGUGAAUAGAAAACGUGAGUGGCUCAACCAAGUAGAAUUUCUGAUCGCGAUCGCUAGACCUUUCACAAACACAAAAUGGUAAAGGAGACAGCAUUCUAUGAUAUACUGGGCGUUUCGCCAGCUGCUACACCAGACGAGCUUAAAAAAGCCUACAGAAAGUUGGCACUCAAAUAUCAUCCUGACAAGAACCCAAAUGAGGGUGAAAAAUUCAAACAGAUUUCUUUGGCUUAUGAAGUCCUAUCCGAUCCAGAAAAGCGACAGAUCUAUGAUGAAGGUGGUGAGGCAGCCAUAAAGAAAGGUGGAGCCGGCGGCGCUGAAUUCACAAGUCCAAUGCAUUUGUUCGAAAUGUUAUUCGGAGAUGCUUUUGGAGGCGGAAGGUUCAACAGGCGUCGUGAGAUGCGUGGCAAAGAUCUUAUCCAUCAAAUGGCUGUCACAUUGGAAGAGUUGUACAAUGGUGCUGUUCGAAAAUUGGCCCUGCAAAAGAGUGUAAUCUGUGAUAAAUGUGACGGACGUGGUGGAAAGAAGGGUGCUGUCGAGAAAUGUCAACAAUGCAGGGGAUCUGGCGUCCAAACAAAAGUGCAAUCGAUUGGUCCAGGCAUCAUGCAGCAAAUUGAGCAAGUUUGCCGUCGUUGCAUGGGUCAGGGUGAAAUUAUAAACGAGAAGGAUCGUUGCAAGAAUUGUAAUGGUCGCAAAACAGUUCGUGAUCGUAAAAUUCUCGAAGUACAUGUUGAAAAGGGUAUGCGUGACGGACAGAAGAUUCAAUUCUCUGGAGAAGGUGACCAAGAACCCGGUCUUCAGCCUGGCGAUAUUAUCAUCGUUCUGGAGGAGAAGGAACAUCCAGUUUUCAUGCGAGCUGGCAAUGAUUUAGUGAUGAAACGUCCCAUUCAACUUGUAGAAGCUCUUUGCGGAUUCCAAAUGGUAAUCAAGACACUGGAUAAUCGUGAUCUCGUUAUUACAUCGCUGCCUGGUGAGGUUAUCAAAAACGAUCAAACUAAGUGUAUAAUGGGCGAAGGUAUGCCCAUGUACAAGAAUCCAUUCGAGAAGGGACGUUUGAUUAUUCAAUUCCAAGUUAUAUUCCCGGAGAGAAUCACCCCCGAAGUUGUUCCCACAUUGGAGCAGUGUUUGCCACCACGACCGAUCGUAGAUAUUCCAAUUGAUGCAGAGGAGUGUGAUUUGGUGGAUCUCGAUCCAGAACAAGAAAGCCGAAGGCGGCAUCGGAAUGCAUAUGAAGAAGAUGACGAUGCCGGCUACCACCAUGGUCCGCGGGUGCAACAGUGUGCAACGAGCUAGAUAGGCACACUACUAUUAGAUGCGUCACUUAAAUUUAAUGUAAUUAUAAUUUACAUCCCCCUGCUUUUCGUAUUCCUUUUCGUAAUUUUCAAAUCAGUUGAUUUUUUUAUUUCUACGUCACACUGUUCGCUGCAUACCUUAUUUAUACUAAUCUACGAGAAAAUUUAUAUGAGCCACUAAAUUCAGCCGAAAUUCAAUUUUCAGAGAAGGAAAACUCACCUUAAAUAGAGUAGUCAAGCCCAUAAUCAAAAUCUCAGCUAAAGUCUUUAUCAAAUUACGCUGCAUCGAGUUCGCCAUAUUGUGCUGACCAAAUAAAUACGCCAAAUCUACCAUUGCUAUUGAAAUUUGAACCUUGUUACUUCAUUUUACAGCAGUUAAGUCGAUUUCCGUUUUGCGAAAUGCUUCCUUUCAACGAAAAAAAGAUAAUUUCAUCUCACAUUUUAUUGUUUCUCAUUAAACUUUCCAUUCCAGUCAAGAUAAGAAGCCUAAAAUAGUUCAAUAUCUUGGACACACUUUAGAAAUGAGAUUACAAAAUGUUAAACUUGAAAUUUUAUGAAUCAAACAAUGCAGUCGAAUUUUCUCGAAAGAAUUGUAAAGCGGCUUUUUCCAAGACAAACAAAUUCUGGUUAGGAAGUUUUCUUUGUGUUCCUAAAGGAAAUUGACAGUUGAUUUUAGAGAAACCUUUGGAAAAAAUACAUAUAUUUUUUAAGAAACUAUCUUCCAUGUAUUUUUCGGUCCGAAUACGCUGCUAAUGUGAACGGUAUUUAGUUAGUAAGUUAUGAGUUUCACAUACAUAUAAAUAACAAUACACGCGAGAAAGUAAUUUUCAAGCUGAAUCAUAGACAAGAACUAUAAAUCAAUAAAAAAUAGUUGUAUUUAAAGUCUCA